AUGGCCUCCAACGUCCCCCUUCUCCCCGUCGUCCUCAUCUUCAUUUUCAUCCUCGCCGCCGGCCCCUCCCUCGUCUUCUCCUCCGAGCCGCUCAACGCCGAAGUGGUGGCGCUGAUCGCCAUCAGGCAGGGGCUGGUCGACCCGCACGGCGUGCUGAGCAACUGGGACGAGGACUCCGUCGACCCCUGCAGCUGGGCCAUGGUCACCUGCUCCCCGCACAACCUUGUCAUUGGCCUUGGCGCGCCGAGCCAGGGCUUGUCGGGUACCCUCUCCGGGAGGAUCGCCAACCUCACCAAUCUCGAGCAAGUGCUGCUGCAGAACAACAACAUCACGGGCCGUCUGCCGCCGGAGCUGGGCGCGCUGCCCAGGCUGCAGACGCUCGACCUCUCCAGCAACCGCUUCUCCGGCCGCGUGCCCGACACGCUCGGACGCCUGUCCACGCUGCGAUACCUGAGGCUAAACAACAAUAGCUUGUCGGGCGCGUUCCCGGCGUCGCUGGCCAAGAUCCCGCAGCUCUCCUUCCUGGACCUGUCCUACAACAACCUCAGCGGCCCUGUUCCCGUCUUCCCCACAAGAACCUUCAACAUUGUGGGCAACCCAAUGAUCUGCGGGAGCCAUAAUCCGGGAGGCGCAGGGGAGUGCGCCGCCGCGGUGGCGCCGGCCGCCGUACCGUUCUCGCUGGAAUCCACUCCAAGCAGCAGCAGGGCGGCGAGGUCAAAGGCUGGCGCGCGGCUGCCGGUCGGGGUCGGGACAAGCCUGGGCGCCUCCUCCCUUGUGCUCCUCGCCGUGUCGUGUUUCCUCUGGCGGCGCAGGCGCCGGCAGCGCCGCUGCUGCUGCUUCAAGGGCCCCUCCGUUCUCGAUGGCUGCUGCGACCUGGAGGUUGGCGGCGGCGCGGUGGCGCGGCUGGGCAACGUGCGGCAGUUCGGGCUGCGGGAGCUGCAGGCGGCGACGGACGGGUUCAGCGCGAAGAACAUCCUGGGCAAGGGCGGGUUCGGGGACGUGUACCGUGGCCGGCUGACCGACGGCACGACGGUGGCGGUGAAGCGGCUCAAGGACCCGAGCGCGUCCGGGGAGGCGCAGUUCCGGACGGAGGUGCAGAUGAUCAGCCUGGCCGUGCACCGGCACCUGCUCCGGCUCGUGGGGUUCUGCGCCGACGCCGCCUCCGGCGAGCGCCUCCUCGUCUACCCCUACAUGCCCAACGGCAGCGUCGCCUCCCGCCUGCGAGGCAAGCCGGCGCUGGACUGGCAGACGCGGAAGCGGAUCGCGGUGGGAGCCGCACGCGGGCUGCUCUACCUGCACGAGCAGUGCGACCCGAAGAUCCUGCACCGGGACGUCAAGGCCGCCAACGUGCUGCUCGACGAGCAGCACGAGGCCGUCGUCGGCGACUUCGGCCUCGCCAAACUGCUCGACCACGGCGACUCGCACGUCACCACGGCGGUGCGGGGCACCGUGGGCCACAUCGCGCCGGAGUACCUCUCCACGGGGCAGUCGUCGGACAAGACGGACGUGUUCGGCUUCGGGGUGCUGCUCCUGGAGCUGGUCACGGGCCAGCGCGCGCUCGAGGUCGGCAAGGGGUCCGGCGUCAGCCUCAGCCACAAGGGCGUCAUGCUCGACUGGGUCAGGAAGGUGCACCGGGAGAGGAUGCUCCACCUGCUCGUCGACCACGACCUGGGGCCCUGCUACGACGCCAUCGAGGUCGCCGAGGUGGUGCAGGUCGCGCUGCUCUGCACGCAGUUCCAGCCGUCGCACCGGCCCAGGAUGUCCGAGGUGGUCAGGAUGCUCGAGGGCGACGGCCUCGCCGAGAAGUGGGAGGCCUCCAACCGGCCGGCCUCCGCGGCGCCGCUCCACGACGGCCUCGGCGGCUACGACCACCGCAACGACUCCAACGGAUCCGUCUUCUUCAACGACUACCACGACAACGACAGCAGCCUCAGCAGCGACGAGGCGCGGUCCAUCGACAUGGUGGAGGAGAUGGAGCUCUCAGGGACCCAGGUAGCGUGCGCUUGCUUGCUCUGCACGUUCAGAGUUGAUCAGCCAAAUUCAGAGUGCUUCAACAAGAACAAAUACAUGGGGGUGGGAGAGGGGGAUUGGAUUUGUUUCUAGCUAGUUUGAAAGUAGUAGCGAGGUGCUUAGUUUUAGUGGACCACAAUGUGUAGCUUCUAGUAUCAAGCUUUCCUUCUCCCAAGAAAGAUGUAAAGAAAAAG